GGGCGGCUCCGGCUCUCCGCCUUCUCUCCGCCCAGGAAACCGCCCCGGACGCCGGCAGCGGGGAGGGGGCUGGGGGCCGGCCGGGAAGUAUCGGCCCCCGCCGGCCCCAUUUCUCCAUCUCUCCAUCCUUGUAUCGCUGCCGUCUCCUCCCCAUCGCGGCUGGCCGCGCCCGCUGCCCGUGCCGCGCAGGCGGCGGUGGGGGGCGGUCGGGGGCGGCGCUGCGGCGCCCGGCGGGGCUCGGCGCUGCUCGGCGCGGCUCGGGGGAGCGGAGCGGCCGCGAUGGGCUCCACGGCGGCGGCGGAGCAGCGGAGGCGACGACGGCGGCGGCGGGGGGAGCUGCUGGGCGCCCUGUCCGCCCUCGCCCUGCUGCUGGCCGGCUGCGCGGCCGGCCGCGGCGGUUAUGAUGCCCUGAGCUAUUCUGUGGAAAGUAACGCCAAGUGGAGCGGGAGACAGCUACUGCAAGCCGACGAGGAGAACACCACUGGUGUCCCAGAGGGUGGGGGACAGCCAUAUGUCAGAAAUUGCACUGAACCAGCUCUCCAUGAAUUCCCCAACGACAUCUUCACGAAUGAGGACAGGAGGCAUGGAGCUGUGGUCCUGCACGUCCUGUGUGCCGUGUAUAUGUUUUAUGCUUUGGCGAUUGUCUGCGAUGAUUUCUUUGUCCCUUCAUUGGAGAAGAUUUGUGAACGCUUGCAUCUUAGCGAAGAUGUGGCUGGGGCAACUUUCAUGGCAGCGGGAAGCUCUGCUCCUGAGCUGUUCACAUCUGUCAUAGGUGUUUUUAUCACAAAAGGAGAUGUAGGCGUUGGAACCAUCGUAGGCUCGGCUGUAUUUAACAUCCUCUGUAUUAUUGGCGUGUGUGGGCUUUUCGCAGGACAGGUGGUUUCACUGUCAUCAUGGAGCCUCUUGAGGGACUCAAUCUACUAUACACUGUCAGUUGUUGCACUCAUUGUGUUUAUUUAUGAUGAAAAAGUUUCCUGGUGGGAGUCCUUAGUCUUGGUGCUGAUGUAUAUCAUCUACAUCAUCAUCAUGAAGUACAACUCAACCAUCCAUCACUUGUUUGAAAGGAAGACAAAAAACUCUGCCAAUAUGGUGAAUGGUUUGGCAAACAACACAGAGAUGGAUGAUAACAGCAACUGCGACGCCACGGUGGUGUUACUAAAGAAAGGAAACUUCCACCGUAAAGCCUCAGUGAUUAUGGUGGAUGAGCUGCUGUCUGCCUACCCACACCAGCUUUCAUUUUCUGAGGCUGGGCUCCGGAUCAUGAUAACCAGCCACUUCCCUCCCAAAACACGGCUCUCCAUGGCCAGCCGCAUGCUGAUCAAUGAGAGGCAGAGGCUGAUCAACAGCAGGACUUACACCAAUGGUGAGUCAGAAGUAGCAAUCAAAAUCCCUAUCAAGCACGUGGUGGAGAACGGGACAGGCCCCAGCAACUCCGGCGAGCGGGGCGUGAACGGCACGCGGCGCGACGAGGACAUCGCCGAGGCGGGGAACGAGACAGAGAACGAGAAUGAGGACAAUGAGAACAACGAGAACGAUGAGGAGGAGGAGGAAGAUGAUGAUGACGAUGACCACGAAGGACCAUACACACCUUUUGACCUACCCACUGGCAAGAUAGAAAUCUUGAAGUGGCUCUUCACAUGGCCAUUGAGUUUUGUCCUGUACUUCACAGUGCCCAACUGUAACAAACCCCACUUGGAAAAAUGGUUCAUGGUUACCUUUGCUUCUUCUACCCUCUGGAUUGCAGCUUUCUCCUACAUGAUGGUGUGGAUGGUGACAAUCAUUGGUUACACACUGGGAAUUCCAGAUGUGAUCAUGGGCAUCACGUUCUUGGCAGCUGGAACCAGUGUGCCGGACUGCAUGGCAAGCCUGAUCGUAGCGAGGCAAGGUAUGGGGGAUAUGGCUGUGUCCAACUCCAUUGGAAGCAAUGUUUUUGAUAUUUUGAUUGGCCUGGGCCUCCCCUGGGCUUUGCAGACCCUUGCAGUGAAUUAUGGAUCAUAUAUUCGGUUAAACAGCAGAGGGCUUAUCUAUUCCGUCGGUCUCCUGCUGGCUUCUGUUUUUGUCACAGUUUUUGGCGUCCACAUGAACAAAUGGAAACUGGAUAAGAAGCUAGGGUGUGUGUGCCUUUCCCUUUACGGCAUCUUCCUGUGUUUCUCCAUCAUGACAGAGUUCAAUGUUUUCACUUUUGUGAACUUGCCCAUGUGCAGAGAUCACUAAUGCAGGUGGCAGACUGUUGGGAGGAACUUCCUUCUUAACCUGUGCAAUACAAACCACGGCCGGCGUCUCCAGAGCGCGGUGCACCUCCGAGUCGUGAUGUAUCUCCUGCUCACUGUUCGUAGGACCUCUGGCCCCAUCUAGGUCUGCCCUCUCCCUGACCUCCCCCCACCACAACCUGGAAAACUCCUGCAUCGAUGUGAAGACUAUUUUGGGUUAUUUUCAGCAUUCUUGUGAUAUCCUAAGCUCAGCUUUUGAACAGUGUGACUGGGACUCCUGUCCUGCUCUGGCAGGGCGCUUGGACUCGAUGAUCUCCGGAGGUCCCUUCCAACCCCUACCAUCCUCUGAUCCUGUGACUCUAGAUGAACUGGCUGCUAACUGGCAUCAAGCCAGGCAAAACUGGUCUGCUACAAUUCCUUUUUAAGUUAUUUGAUGGAAGACUAAACUAAUUUAUGACUUUAAGACUAUUGCAACAAUGCAGAAGAGGGUACAUCAUACAGGGGCUGAUUUUCAAGGAGAACAAUUUUUGGUUGUU